ACUCGUUGACAAUACGUAUCAGUUAAGAUCGGAUCUUAGGAACAUUAGCAUUAGAAAAUCGGAAAAACUAUCACAAAAUGAUCUCUAAGGUUUUGUGCAUCGUGGCGCUUUCAGCUGUAGCGGUUGCUUACCACGACAAUGGUUACGGGCAUGGUCAUGCCUUUUCAUCGCAGCACAUCUCUCGUCACGACGGGCCUGCCGAAGUGGUGCAUGUACAAGGCCACGAUGGCAAAGGACAUGGACACGAUGGCGGUCACGGACAUGGAUCUAUCGACUACUAUGCGCACCCCAAAUACGAGUUCGACUACAAAGUAGAGGACCCGCAUACAGGUGACAAGAAGUACCAACACGAGUACAGAGAUGGCGAUGUGGUGAAGGGCGUGUACAGCCUGCACGAACCAGACGGCUCUGUCAGAGUUGUUGAGUACCACGGUGAUAAGCAUAGCGGUUUCCACGCCGACGUGAAGCACAGCACUCAUCACAUUGUUCCUAAGCACGAGCAUCACUAAAUGAAUUUGUCCAAUGACACUUUGUCCAUACCUAAAUGUUGAUAAUUUUUCUAUAAGCUGUUGUUAUCUGUUUGUUGUUAAAUAAUGUAUGAAAGAACAAUUUUG